UAAUGAAGCCGUGUAGUUGAAGGCGGCAUCUUGGAACCGGGCAUUUCUUUGGGCGUUUGCGUUAACUGCGUUUUAUGGAGCUCCGGGGACCCGAACCGUAGCUUCUUCUCCUUUCUAGUGUUAUAAACAAACUGAAAGGGCUAGGAACGUGACGCUAGGUUUACCGCGUUUGCACAGAGGAAUCCUCCCUGUCACUUCGGGUUGGUGGGUGCUUUGAGAGGUGCUAACCGCUAUGAACCCACCAGCGAAGGGGUAGUCUGGUUCAGUGUGCGGUGUGUGAAAGCGGAAGACUAGCUAAGAAGGAUUGGGAACAUUUAUGUGCAAUGAGCUGUUCGCUGCCUUUUUCUGUUUUGCUGAUGGGACUGCUGCCAACAAGAACCAUGGCUUGGACUUCAACUGGGAAGACACAUGCUGAACUGAUCAACAAUCUGCAUAAAAAUGGUGUGAUUAAAUCCCAACAUGUUCAUGCUGUGAUGCUGGCUACCGAUAGAGCCCACUAUGCCAGUUAUUUUCCGUAUAUGGAUUCUCCUCAGUCAAUUGGAUUCAAGGCUACUAUCAGCGCACCUCACAUGCAUGCUCAUGCUCUUGAGUUACUGAAGGACCAGCUAGUGGAAGGAGCGAAGGCAUUAGAUGUAGGAUCAGGAAGUGGCUACCUCACUGCUUGUUUUGCUAGGAUGGUAAGCAAAAUACAGCACUUUUAGCAAAAAAAAUUCUCUCUCUUCUUGCUACAGGUGAGAAGGCACAC